AUGUCUCAACAACCAAGCAAAACUCAAGCAAAUGCUGAAUAUGCUAGUGGCGCCGUAAAAGAUAAUGUUGGAAAAGCCAUCGGCUCCGAAAAUUAUCAAGCUCAAGGCAUGGAAAACAAAGAGAGAGGAAAUGCCGAAUAUAAUGCAGCUGAAUCCAAUAAAGAGAAAGGACCUUCCAAAACAACAGGUCAACUUCACGCCGUAAAAGGCGCAGUAAAAGAAACAUUAGGAUCAACUUUAAACAAACCCUCGCUUGAACAAUCCGGUGCUCAUGAACGUAGAACCGGAAAUCAACAAGUAGAAACCGCAAAAGCCGGAAAUGUCGCUGGAGGUACUACCGAUAAAGUAAAAGGGGCCACAAAGGAAAAAGUUGGCCAAGUUACAGGAGAUCCACAAUAUGAAGCUGAAGGAAAAGGUGACAGGAUCAAAGGUCAAGCUAAAUACGAAACCAAUAAAUAA